ACCCGUGUCCCCACCCGGUCCUGCAGAGGGGUCACUGGGCACCGGCAGAGGGGGGUGUCCACACAGAGGGGGUGUGGGUGCUUCUGACUGAGACCCGCCUUCCCCAGCUCAGAGGAUGCUCGGAUGGAGGUUGGGGGGCAUCCGCAGGCCAGUCUUGGGGGUCACUGGGACCACGUUUCCACACCCAGCCUCAGGCUCUCCCACCCUCGCAGGCUGGCAAGCCCGCCCCGAAGCCAUGGGGUGCGCCCUCAGGGGGGCCGUAGCGGGGUCCUGGAGGUGUCCGUGUCUCUCAGGGGUCGAUGGGACUGAAAGCUUGAAAUGGGUUGUCCUGGGAGAUCCAGGAUGGGAGGUCUCCGGGGUCUCCAUAGGCACAGAACUUUCUGGAACCAGGUGGUCCCCCAGCUGCAGAAGGACGCCUCAGCUCUGCACCGGCUUUGCAGGCAUCUGACACAAGGGGUCCCCCAGCCUGUCUUGGAAGAAACGACUGGGAGGGGGAGAAGCAGGGCCUGCCGCUGAGACACGGGGUCUGAGCCACGAAUUCUCUCGCCCGGAGCCAGCCUCCAGCAGGCCUGCCUGUCCCAAAGGAAGACCGUCUCCCGGUCUCCUCCCAGCGCAGGGCCAGCUCCGGGCGGCUGGGGGGCCUUGGGAGCGCCCAGCCCCUCGCACGCCCCUCCUCUCCUGGCCCUGCUGGUCCCAGGCAGCACAGGACGGUGGUCCCGGGUGCCCAGCCACCCUGGCCCCCGCCCUCGGGCCCCGCAGGCGCUGUCUUUGCUUCCGGUGGGAAAGCAAUGAGCCCACUGCAAAGGGAGCCCUGCAGCCCCCUCCCGGCUCCCCGGUGUUCCCUUCGUCUCAGGCACCUCAGUGCUGCUCAGAGCGAGGGACUGAGGGACCCUGUUCCCGGCAGCCAGGCGCCCAGGGCCUCUGGCCGGCCCCUCUGCAGACGCGUGGAGUGAGGUUCACAGAGCCAGGAGCCUGCCUGCUCCCUCGUCCUGGGAGCCCACCCCCCACCGGGCAGCCAAGAGUCCCCCCGCAGGCCCAGAGGGAGCUCAGGAGCCCAGUCCCUGUGACUGUCCCUUCUUCAAGGCGGACACGGGGGACGGCACGGGGGACGGCAGGGCAGGUUGUUGAGUCCCCCGGCCCCACGUGUCAGCCCCUCCUCCCGCUGAGCCCCCUGAUGGAGGGGGUGGCGCAGAGGCAGUGAGGUCUCUCCUCCCAGAACCACCUGCCCUCCCUUAAAGGAGCCAACGGCUGGAGCAGCCAGAGCAGGAUCGAGGGGUCUUGGAGUCGGACUUCCUCCCAGAUGGUCUGCUGGAGCCCGAGGAGCCAAACGCUGGCUUCUGGUUGAAGGAAAGGUGGGGUCAUCCAAGUGCUGGCCCAGAAUGCUGGGCGGCGGGUGAGGCUCUCAUGCCCACCUGGCAGGGGCUGCCUCAGGGGCCUCCAGAGAGCGUCAUUGGCACCCCAGUCCAGGCACCACGCGGAUGUGGGACCUGCUGGGGGGGCUGCUGCAGGCUCAGGGCCCGCGAGCAGAGAGCCCCGGGCUGAGCGCCCUCGCCGACCGGGAGUUACGUUGCUGCGUAGCCCCGGCCCCCUCCCUGGCGUGAGCCCGAGGCCUGUGGGAGGCGGCUGUGCUGGGAGAGAGCGGCUGGGAGGUGGCGUCUCAGGGCUUUGCCUCCUGAAGCAACAGGCAUGGGAGUAAGCGCCCCCUUGCUGGCUGGCACCAAGGAAGAUGCCCACCGCCGGGGCUGAUUCCAGGAUCCGUGCCAACCGGGCCUUCUGCCCCGAGAAAUCACGAUCAGGCAGCACGGACCUCGCCACCGCGUGCAGAGGCCGCCUCGCAGCCUCGGGAGAAGAGGCCGGGCCAUUGAUGCGUUUGCCUUGGGCGUCGGGGACGCCGUGAAGCAGGAGGCGACCAUGGGUCAGAAGGUCACCGGAGGGAUCAAGACGGUGGACAUGAGGGACCCCACGUACCGGCCCCUGAAGCAGGAGCUCCAGGGCCUGGACUACUGCAAGCCCACCCGCCUGGAGCUGCUGCUGGACAUGCCGCCCGUGUCCUACGAGGUGCAGCUCCUCCACUCCUGGAACAACAACGACCGCUCCCUCAACGUCUUCGUCAAGGAGGACGACAAGCUGAUCUUCCACCGGCAUCCGGUGGCCCAGAGCACGGACGCCAUCAGGGGCAAGGUCGGGUACACGCGGGGGCUGCACGUGUGGCAGAUCACGUGGGCCAUGCGGCAGCGGGGCACGCACGCCGUGGUGGGGGUGGCGACGGCCGACGCCCCCCUGCACUCCGUCGGCUACACGACCCUCGUGGGGAACAACCACGAGUCCUGGGGCUGGGACUUGGGGCGCAACCGGCUCUACCACGACGGCAAAAACCAGCCGAGCAAGACUUACCCGGCCUUUCUGGAGCCGGACGAGACGUUCAUUGUCCCCGACUCUUUCCUGGUGGCCCUGGACAUGGACGACGGGACCCUGAGCUUCAUUGUGGACGGACAGUACAUGGGCGUGGCUUUUCGGGGACUCAAAGGCAAAAAACUGUAUCCUGUCGUGAGCGCCGUCUGGGGCCACUGUGAGAUCCGCAUGCGCUACUUGAACGGACUCGACCCCGAGCCGCUGCCACUCAUGGAUCUCUGCCGACGCUCGGUGCGCCUGGCCCUGGGGAAGGAGCGUCUGGGCGAGAUCCACACGCUGCCGCUGCCCGCCUCCCUCAAGGCCUACCUCCUCUACCAGUGACGUCCGCCAGGACCCGCACGACAGCCACCGCUGCCAGCCGCCGAGCCGCCCGCGGACCCUGCGCCUGGGACAGGCGUCCGCAGCCAUGGGAGGAAGGCCCUGCUCCUCCUCCUCCUCUUCCUGCAGCCCUUCGGGACACCGACGCGGACAGCUCUGGACACAGGCUCCUCUGGCCCCUUCCCUGCGUUGGCGGAAGGCCCCUGCAUGCCAGUCACAGCCCCUCCUUGGAAAAAGACACAGAAAGGCCCCCCAGGACGCCCGGCACUGAGCUCCCGUCUGCUCUCGGGGUGCCCUGGGGAGCCCCCACCUGCCGGGUCCCAUGGUGGGGCCUGCAAGAGGCGCCCGGCACCGAGAGCAGGCCCAGGGGUGCUAAGAGGUGCUCAGACGGCUUGUGCCGGGGACCAAGCUCAGGACGUCAGAAACACACCGGGACGAGGCAGCAGCCAGGAGGGACCGGCCACCCCGGGCACACAAGGCUCAGCUUCAGUCCCGCUGCCGGUGCCCCGGACCCUGUAUUUAUUCUCUUAACAGUCACAGAAGCCAUUUAUUUAUUCCAUUUAGAAAGGGACCUGGCUCCGGUCACCUCGCCGGAGGGUGCUCUUGCUUUCCUCCCACCUGCCACUCCCGGCCUGCCUGUGCCUCGCCUGCCCUCGCCGGGCUGUCUGCGGCGUGUCCCCACGUGGGCACAGGUGUCUUUGUUCGGGUCCCUUGGCCUACAGUUCCCAGGGGGCUCUGCUCUGAGUUCCCAGCGGUAGGAGUAACUUGGGGGUCACGGCUCCACAGCGGCGGCGGCUCCCGCGCCUCCAUGCCGUUACUGACACUGGGGCUCCCGCACCUUCGCAUGCGGUUUAUUUCCGUGUCUUCCACAGGCUGUGGGUGUGGGUUUGGCUUGGCUUUUGCCUUCCUCGCUGAGAUGUCCCACGUGCAUCCUCAUAAGCUCCAGCUUCCCACGGGACGACCGAACCCAGAAGGGAGGAGGAGUGGGUCUCUGUCCCCGAGGAGCUCAGAGCAGGCUGGGGCACGGGACACUAGAGGCGUCACGCCUCACGGAAGCCCACUCGCGUCUCCGCCUAGUGCCUAGUUCAUCACGACCCCCCAGGGCCAGAGGGGUGGGGCGGGGCGGGGCAGCCAGCAGGAGAGGGCCCCCCUCCCUGCCACAGCCCCCCCACGUAGCAGACCCCAGCCCCUGCCACCACGUUUGCCAUUUCUUUAUCUCGACGUCGACUCCGUUCGUUUCUGUACAGGUACAAUAGAUGACUUUAUUUGUUUAAAAUGUUUAAUAUAUAUGCAUAUAUAUUUGUCCGUAAGAAUUAUGUUUUAAACAGCUGCUGUAGGGUACCUUUAAAAACAAACAAAACAAGAGAA